AUGACCAUCAGCUUCGAUGAAGAAGAUGGAGAUGAGGAAGUAGAGCACCAUGACGGACUAGUCGUAUCCCUCACCGUCAGCAAUUGUUUGAUGAAGAGAGUGCUAAUAGAGAAUGGCAGCUCAACUCAUAUCAUGUUCAAAAAUGCUCUUGAAAGCAUGGGAUUACAAGAAGCAGAUAUCAUCAAGAAGGCAACUAUCCAAUACGCAUUCAGUGGCGAACCAGCUAGGACUCUUGGAGAGAUCACCCUGCCCACCUAUGCCAAAGGAGUCAACCUGCAGACAAGAUUCAGUGUGGUGGACUGUCCCUCAUCAUAUAAUAUCAUCAUAGGGACACCAUGA